AUGCUGAUUGGUUACAUCAUAACGUCAACUCGCGCAAUUCUCUAUGCCUGUCUACAACCCAAUCUCCCAGCAUCAAUUAUCCGUACUUGUCAGGUUUUGAUAUGGCCCGCUUUGACGAUCCCACCGAAGUAUCGGAGGUUGCAACACAAACUGGCGACAACAACUACCGUCACCCCAGAGUAUCAGCUCCCCUUCACUCAAACCUCCAAGACCAAGUUCAAACGCUCCUACGAUCUUUACAGUCUAGGUGUUGUCCUGAUCGAGAUUGGGUUGUGGAAGCAGAUCGACUCCUUUAGGCCUGAAGGUUCGCAUGCAUUGGCCUUCAAGAGGCAUCUGGAGGAAACAGUUGCGCCCGCCCUCAAGUUCUACAUGGGUGAAAAGUACACUUUGGCAGCUCAACUGCUUGGAUACAUCCAAAAUUGCCCCUGA